AUGUCUGACAAUAAUAUGUGGCUCAACGAGUCCGCGUUUCCGAAUAGUAACGAUAACUCGGGUGAUAACUUUUUAAAUGGGUUAUUUGAUCAGAGUCAAUUCCAAAGUCAACCUCAACCUCAACAACCAGCAAUAGAUUACAAUAAUGGAGCCAACUCUAAUAUUAAUCCACAAAUGUUUAUGAGACAGUCACCCCAACAGCAGUCACCUCAGCAGCAACAACAACUCCAACAACCACCACAGCAACAACAACAACAACAACAGCAACAACAACAACAGCAACAACAACAACAACAGCAACAACAACAACAACAGCAACAACAAUUAAGACAACAAAUGCAAUCUUCUCAGUUGGACCAGAACAAACGUGAACAACUAAUGAGAAUGAGACAACAAGUAAUGCAACAGCAACAGCAACAGAACUUCAAUGCUCCCAACCAGAACCAGAUGCAGCCUCAGGCCCAGAAUCAACGAGCACAGGCUCAAGCCCAAGCCCAGGCUCAGGCUCAGGCACAAGCUCAGGCUCAGGCACAGGCUCAAGCACAAGCACAAGCACAAGCUCGUCUUAAAAACUUGGAAAUGCGUGAUAGUUUAUCUGGCUCUUCAGCCCCAACUCCUGGCCGUCAACAAGGUACUCCAAUUUUAACUAGUAACAUUCCUAAUCAAGUUCAACAAGUUCAAAACUAUGGUAGUCCCAUGGUUAAUAAUAUAUCACCUGGAUUAACUAAUGCACCAGUUAAUCAAGAUCAACAACAAGGACCUCCCCAAAGUAAUUUUGAUCAUGGACCACGAACUUUUCAACCAGCUCCAACAACCCAACCAGCUCAAACUAUUCAAAGACCUCAACAAGCUCAAGUUGCUCAAUUACAAAUGGAACUUUUUAUGACAACUCUUAAUGAUUAUAUGGCUCGUCGUGGUACACCAAUAACUUCACCUCCAAUUAUAAAUAAUAAACGAGUCAAUUUAUUCUUUUUCCAUUUAUUAUGUCAAAAAGUAGGAGGACCUCUGCAAUUAAUAAGAUGGUUACAACAACCACAACAACAACUGCAAAGUCCUUGGUUAUAUAUGGGACAAAAAUUGGCACUAUUGGAUGGAUUAAAUAUUGAAGAUUUAUCAGUACGUGAAAGAUUGGAAAGAGAAAUUAGUUCAUGCUAUGCUAACUUUCUUUAUCCUUAUGAACAGUAUAGUGGUACACCUGAAGGUACUAAGGAUCUUCAGCAAAGAAGACAGCACUUCCAAAGACAAAUUGUAGCGAGGUUCCAACAGCAACAGCAACAGCAACAACAACAACAGCAGCAGCAACAACAAAUUCCCACUCAGAGUCAAUCUCCUCAUCCACAACACAAUCAAAUUCCUACAUCUCAAUCACCUUUGAUUAAUAAUGUACCGACACCUGCUAUAGUUCAUCAAAGUCCAAUGUUGAGUCAAGCUCCAACACCACAACAACGGAAAUUAUCUCGAGUUAGCAAUGCUUCGAAUCAUAAUUCUCCAAAUGUGGUGCAAUCACCCUAUUUGCAGAAUCAACAAAUUGGUUCUAGAUCUAGUAGUGUUCAAUUGGGUCAAACACCAAAUGUACCUAUCAAUGUUCAAGGUCAGGGUCAACAUCAAUUGACUCCUCAACAACAAUUUUUACAACAACAACAUCAACAACGUCAACAACAACUUCAACAACAGCAACAGCAACAGCAACUUCAACAACCUCCACCUCCUCCUCAACAACAACAGCUUCCAAAUCGUAUGCCACCUCAAGCACAAUUCAAACAAAGUCCUCCUCUACCUUUACAACAAGCACCAGGAAUUCUUAGUAGUGGUCAACAUAGUAGUCCUCAAUUUAGUGCACCUCAACCAAUAAUAAAAUCAGAAAUUGAAAAAGAAGAAGCAAAUAUUAUUAAAAAUUAUGUUCCAUUUAGAAAAUUAGUUGAUUUACAUGGUGGAUAUCCUAUAAAGGAUAUUUCACAAAUUGGUAGUGAGAUUGAUACAGCAAAAGCAGUAUAUUUAUUUUCACCUGAAUUAGGUACAAUUAAUUUACUGGCAGUUAUUAUGGGACUUAAAAGUUCAGCAUUUAAUAGAGGUGAUGUUGUAAAUUCUUUAAAUACUUUAUUGGUAAUAACUGCUGAUAAAGAUUGUACAUUAAAUAUUAGUGAAAGUUUAGAAUUAUUAGAAAGUUUAUCAAUUUUAGGUACAAAAGUUCUUAAUAAAAUUAUUGGUAAUGAUACAACUAAUGAAAUUUAUCAAGAUGCUGAACAUCUUCCUGAUUAUAGUCAUAUUGAUGAUAUUUUUAAUAAGUAUGCUAAAGGUAGUGAAACAUUUGGAAAUGAAGAUAUUCAAUUUGUAGUUGAUUCAUUAACUGGAGAAGUUGAAAAUGAAGAUGAAGAUGAUGAUUUUGAUUUAUUUUCAAUUAUUGAUUCUAAUAAAUCAUCAGCUACUACUCCAGAAACUUCUAAUCAAGAAUAUGAAUUUGAAAUUCUUGAUUAUAUGUCAGCUUUAACAGCAUUUAAAGAAGAAAAUAGUCAUCAUUUUAGUCAAAUUCAAGUUAAAAGUGCUGUUAAUGAAAAAAUUAUGUAUGUUGAUAUGUUAAUUACUAUUACAAUGAUUUUAAGAAAUAUAUCAUUUCUUAAUUAUAAUAGUCUUGCAAUGGCAAGUAAUGAACCAUUAAAGAAAUUAUUAUUUUCAAUUAUAAAAGAAAUUGGUUUACAUAGACAAGAAUUUGUAUUCCAUAGAAAAAGAUUAUGUUUAUUAAAAGAUUGUUUAUAUGUUCUUGAUAAUAUUGCAUUUUGUGUGGAAUUAAGAACUUUAGAACAAGCAUUUUUAGCUUAUGUUUUAGUUGUAUCUUUUGGACCAAAUUUAAAUGAACUGGAAUUUGAAAUUCCUCAAUCAAAUUUAGAUCAAUAUUCUUAUUUACCAUUUGCUAUUGAUUUAUUAACAAAAUUAAUGGUUAGAGAACCUCACAAUAGAUCAUUAAUUCAAGCUGUUUUAACUGGAAGUUUAAGUAUUUCAUCAUCAAUUGCUUAUUCAAAUGUUAAAUCACUUACUAUAACUCAUAAAGAUCAAGAAGAAACUAGAAAAUUAUUAAAAUCUUAUUUAAAGGGUCAAGAUUUUACAGCAGGACAAUUAUUAACUAAAACAUUUCAAUUAUAUAUGAGUAUUAUACCAUUUGAUGCUAAUAGUUAUGAAUUUUCUAAAUUUGUAUUUACAAGAGCUCCAACAAUUUCUCAAGCAUUAUUUGGAGCAAAAUUACUUAUUGAUAUGAUAUCAAUUGAUGAUUUAUCAAUUCCAUUAAGUAAUUUAUCAAUUAAAUGGUUAACAUUUAAUAAAGAAGUUAUACUUUCAAAUUUUGCUAGAGUUACAAUUGCAUUAGUUUCUGAAACUGGUAAAUUUGCUAAAGAAUCUAAUGAAUAUAAAAUACUUACUUUAGUAUUAUCUAAAGCAUUAAUUGUUAUAAAUUCAUUAGUUAGUAAUGCUGUUUUAGUUAAAGAAAUUGGUGAACCAUUACAAGUAUCAGAAUUAAUUAAUGAUAUUAAUGAAUUAACUGGUAUUCAACCAGAUCCAACUCUUGUACUUGAUACAUCAUUAGCUGCUACAAUAGAUAAUCAUUUAGGUAAGGAAGUUAUAAGAUUACUCCGAACUUUAAAAUCCUUAACUAGUUAAUACUAAACAUUUACUAAUAAAAAAAAACUAGAACAAUAAUUAAAUCUUAUCUUGUAUAUUUAUCUAUCUGUAAUAUAUAUUUG